UGGAAGUAGAAAGAAACGGAACGGCAAAGUAACAAAAGAGACGUGCUCUUUAGACCCGCGAAUCUCUCUUCUAUCCUUUAAAAUGAAUUAAAAAAGGAAAAAAGAAAAAUCAACGGAACUUUGCUCCCGAAUACUUCAAUUUCACAUCACUGUUUUUAUCAAAGAAUUUCGAUUAUCAGCUUUUCCGAUCUUCCGCACCAGGCGAUGCUGCUACGAAUUGAACACCGCUAAAACACUGAUCCGAGUAUCGAAUACGGAAGAAGAAGAAGAUGUUGGAGGAUCAGGUAGCGUAUCUCUUGCAGAGAUACUUGGGAAACUACGUACAAGGCCUUAGUAAAGAAGCUCUCAAGAUCAGUGUAUGGCAAGGUGAUGUAGAGCUAACAAAUAUGCAACUGAAGCCAGAGGCACUCAAUGCAUUGCAGUUGCCUGUAAAGGUUAAAGCAGGAUUUCUUGGAUCAGUGAAACUUAAGGUUCCAUGGAGCAGGCUUGGCCAAGAUCCGGUUUUAGUUUACUUGGAUCGGAUUUAUUUAUUGGCUGAACCUGCCACUCAAGUUGAGGGGCGCAGUGAUGAUGCAGUACAAGAAGCAAAGAAAAGCCGAGUACGGGAAAUGGAAAUGAAGUUAUUGGAGAGGGCACAACGACUGAAGUCUGAAGUGAAUAAAUCGUGGUUGGGAUCUCUUAUCAACACUGUCAUUGGGAAUCUGAAGCUGUCAAUUUCAAAUAUCCAUAUCAGAUAUGAAGACCUUGAGAGCAAUCCUGGCCACCCAUUUGCAGCUGGUAUAACUUUGGGGAAACUCUCAGCUGUGACAAUUGAUGACAAUGGGAUGGAAACUUUUGUUACUGGUGGUACUCUAGACAGUAUUCAGAAGUCUGUUGAACUUGAUCAACUUGCUCUUUAUCUGGAUUCUGAUAUAUCUCCAUGGUAUGUUAAAAAACCAUGGGAGGAUUUGCUUCCUUCAGAGUGGGUUCAGGUUUUCAGUUUUGGUACAAAUGAUGGUAAGCCGUCUGAUCACAUCAUGAAGAAACACUCUUACAUUCUGCAACCAGUGUCUGGGAAUGCAAAAUACUUGAAGUUGCAGCAGAAUGAAUCUGCUAAUGUUGGUCAACCUUUACAGAAAGCAUUUGUAAACUUGGAUGAUGUGACACUUCGUUUGUCCAAGGAUGGAUACAGGGAUAUCUUAAAAUUAGCUGAUAACUUUGCUGCCUUUAACCAACGCUUAACAUAUGCUCAUUAUCGGCCACUUGUGUCUGUGAAAUCUAAUCCACGAUUGUGGUGGAAGUAUGCGUACAGAGCUGUUUCUGAUCAGAUGAAGAAGGCAAGUGGGAAAUUAUCCUGGGAGCAGAUACUAAGAUAUGCAAGCUUACGCAAGAGAUAUAUCUCUUUAUAUGCUUCUCUGCUAAAGUCUGAUCCAAGCCGGGCAAUAAUAGAUGAUAACAAAGAAAUUGAGGAGUUGGAUCGUGAACUUGAUAUCGAACUCAUACUACAAUGGAGGAUGUUGGCGCAUAAGUUUGUGGAGAAGUCAAUUGAAUCAGACAUCUACUCAAGGAAACAGAAAACUAAGAAAUCAUGGUGGUCAUUUGGAUGGGGCACUGAAUCUCUUGAAGAUGAAACUGAACAAUUUCAUUUCAGUGAUGAGGACUGGGAACAGCUAAACAAAUUGAUAGGUUAUAAGGAAGGUGAUGAUGGGCAGUCGGUAAUAUUUGAUGGGAAGAUGGAUGCUCUUCAUACUUAUCUGGAGAUUCACAUGCAGCAUAAUGCUUCAAAGCUUGUUGAUGGGGACCAGGAGUCUCUUGCUGAAUUAUCGUGUGAUAAUCUUGAUUGCUCCAUUAAGCUUUAUCCAGAAACAAAGGUUUUUGACAUGAAAUUAGGGUCCUAUCGUUUAUCUUCACCAAAUGGCCUCCUUGCUGAGAGUGCAACUGCUUCAGAGUCUCUAAUUGGUGUCUUCAGCUAUAAGCCAUUUGAUGCUAAGGUGGACUGGAGCAUGGUUGCCAAAGCUUCUCCAUGUUACAUGACUUAUUUGAAGAACUCCAUUGAUGAGAUUAUCAAAUUUUUCGAGAGCAAUCAUGCCGUUAGUCAGGCUAUUGCGCUGGAAACAGCUACUGCUGUUCAGAUGACAAUAGAUGAAGUAAAGCGCACUGCUCAGCAACAAAUGAACAGAGCACUGAAGGAUCAGUCAAGGUUUCUUUUGGACUUGGAUAUUGCGGCACCAAAGAUUACAAUUCCUACUGAGUUUUGUCCUAACAACAUCCAUUCAACCAAACUUCUGCUGGACUUGGGAAACCUGGUGAUUCGCUCACAGGAUGAAAAGAGACCAUCUGCGGAGCAAGAUAUGUAUUUGCAAUUUGAUUUGGUUCUGAGUGAUGUCUCUGCUUUUUUGGUUGAUGGUGAUUAUGACUGGAGACAAGCCUCUUUGGACGAGCAUGCUGAUUCUGGCCAGUCAAGCAGUAUUAGCUUUUUACCUGUUAUUGAUAAGUGUGGGGUAAUCUUAAGGCUUCAACAGAUCCGAUUAGAAAACCCAUCCUACCCUUCAACAAGACUCUCUGUGCGGUUACCAUCAUUAGGGUUUCACUUUUCUCCUGCACGGUAUCAUCGAUUGAUGCAAGUGGCAAAGAUCUUUCAGGACAAGGAUGUUGAGAAUUCAAAUCUUGUUUGCCCUUGGAAUCAAGCGGACUUUGAGGGAUGGUUACAUUUGCUUAUUCGAAAGGGCAUGGCAAAUAGGGAAGCUGUAUGGCAGCAUCGAUAUCUUUGCUUGGUUGGGCCAUUUCUUUACGUACUGGAAAACCCUGGUUCUAAAUCCUAUAAGCAGUAUAUCAGCUUACGAGGAAAGCAUCUACGUCAACUUCCAGAGGAAUUGGUUGGUGGUGUGCAACAUGUAUUGGCUAUCUGUGAUUCUGGACAUCCCAUUAACAAGGUUAUAGAAGAUGCGAAUGCACUAAUACUACUAUGUGAUUCUGAUGAUUCACGGAGAAAUUGGCAAAGCCGUUUGCAGGGUGCCAUUUAUCGUGCUUCGGGUUUUGCACCUAUUGCCGCUCUUUCUGAAACUUCAUCAGAUGCGGAUGACUCAGAAAUGGAGGUUAAUGACAAUGUUGAUGCAAGUCAUUUAUUAAGGAUGGAGAACAUAUUCUUGACAGGAGUGCUUGAUGAGCUAAAGAUAUGUUUCAAUUACAAUCAUCAGCAUGACCUGAAUUUUGUAAAGGUACUUCUUGCUGAGGAGAGUCCUUUGUUUGAGUUUCGAGCAAUAGGUGGCCAGGUUGAACUUUCAAUUAGAGAAAAUGACAUGUUCAUUGGAACUGUUCUGAAAUCUUUGGAGAUUGAAGAUUUAGUUUGCUGCAGUGGUAUUUCUCGGCCUUCUUUCCUGGCAAGGUCAUUCAUUCGAAGUGCAGAUGAGAACUCAUCCCUUGAGGAAGCUGGAAGUCACAGUUUUGACAAUGAUAAUGUAACUCCUAGUGAUGGCGAAGACAAAUUUUAUGAGGCAUCAGAAGAUAUAGUUGACUUUGAGUAUCUGACUCCCCGGAAUGCACUUCCAUUUGAUGCAUCAUUGAAGCCUCCCAGUUUUAGUCGUCUUGCUGGUUUACUACCUUCGGAUACUGUUCAAAACAAUAUGGAGGGUGUUGAACUAACUGACACGUUGGAAAGUUUUGUGAAAGCACAGAUAGUUAUUUAUGACCAUAACUCUCCUCUAUACAACAACAUUGAUAUGCAGGUAUCAGUUACGCUCGCUACAUUGUCAUUUUUUUGCCGCAGACCUACAAUUCUUGCCAUCAUGGAAUUUAUCAAUGCUAUUAACAUUGAGGAUGGAAAUAUUGAAUCUGCCAAUGAUGGUUUUUCGGCAGCACUGAUUAAACAUGAAAUAUCUAGUGAAGAUGUGGUUGAUGAUCAAUAUAUGAGAACCAUUGAGGAGCCUGUUGUCAAGGGUUUGCUUGGGAAGGGAAAAUCCAGAACUAUUUUCAAUUUAAUGUUGAAUAUGGCUCGUGCUCAGAUUUUGUUGAUGAAUGAAAACGAAACAAAGCUAGCUUCUUUAUCCCAAGAUAAUUUACAUACGGAUAUCAAGGUCUUUCCAAGCUCAUUUAGCAUAAAGGCAGCUUUGGGAAAUCUAAGAAUAAGUGACGAGAGUCUUCCUGACAGCCACUCAUACUUCUGGAUUUGUGAUAUGCGAAAUCCUGGGGGCAGCUCAUUUGUGGAGCUGGUUUUUACCUCAUUCAGUGUUGAGGAUGAUGACUAUGAUGGUUAUGAAUAUAGCCUUUUUGGGCAGCUUUCAGAAGUGCGGAUUGUAUAUUUGAACCGAUUUGUGCAGGAGGUUGUUAAUUACUUUAUGGGUCUUGUUCCCAAUAAUUCAAAGGGUGUUGUUAAGUUAAAAGAUAAAGUCACAAAUUCUGAGAAAUCAUUUACAACCAGUGAAAUUGAAGGAUCACCUGCACUGAAGUUGGAUCUUUCACUUAGGAAGCCGAUAAUUUUGAUGCCUAGGAGAACAGACAGUCCCGAUUACUUGAAGCUUGAUGUGGUUCACAUAACUGUACAAAACACCUUCCAUUGGUUUAAUGGCGGUAAAAGUGACAUGAAUGCUGUCCAUCUGGAAAUAUUAAUGAUUAAGGUUGAGGACAUCAAUUUAAAUGUUGGGACGGAAACAGAAUUAGGUGAAAGCAUAAUUCAAGAUGUCAAGGGGGUUUCUAUUUCCAUUCGGAGGUCACUCCGGGACUUGUUGCAUCAAAUACCCAGUAUAGCAGCUGCAGUCAAGAUAGAAGAGUUAACAGCAGCUUUGUCAAAUAGGGAGUACCAGAUUAUUUCUGAAUGUGCACUGUCCAAUAUUUCUGAGACUCCGCAUAUUGUACCCCCACUGAACCAUGGUUCUGGGACAUUUUCUGUUGAUAUGGUAGAACCCGUCACCUCUGAGGAUUCAGUUGGUGUUGAAUCUAUAGGUCAGAGUUCUGGGGAAGCAUGGAUUUCAAUGGAAGUUUCUGUUCUUAUCAAUCUAGUUGAGUUGAGAUUACAUGCAGGGGUUACGAAGGAUGCAUCUUUGGCCACAAUUCAGGUUGCAGGUGCAUGGCUUCUCUACAAGUCUAACAACUUCGGAGAAGGUUUCCUCUCUGCAACACUUAAGGGCUUUACUGUGAUUGAUGAUCGAGAGGGAACCAAAGACGAAUUUCGUUUGGCAAUAGGAAAGCCUGAGAAUAUUGGUUAUGGUAUCCAUCACUCUCCAACUGAUGGAAAUCAGCAUAUGACUGAUACAAAUUUUAAAGAUAGCAAGACAGAUGCAACUCCUACAAUGCUUAUACUUGAUGCGAAAUUUGGUCAACACUCAACGCUUAUGUCUCUCUGUCUUCAGAGGCCACAACUGCUUGUUGCACUUGAUUUUCUUCUUGCUUUUGUUGAGUUUUUUGUUCCUACAGUUGGUAAUAUGCUGUCAAAUGAGGAAAAUAAGGAUCCGAUGCUAGCGGUUGAUUCAAUUAUUUUGGAUGAGUCAAUUUUUAGGCAACCCUCUGCUGAAAUAACACUCUCUCCACUGAAACCAUUAAUUGUGGAUAAUGAAAGAUUCGACCAUUUCAUUUAUGACGGUCGAGGUGGAAUGUUGCAUUUAAAAGAUAGAGAAGGACAUAAUCUUUGUGGUCCAAGCAAGGAAGCUAUUAUAUAUGUUGGAAGUGGAAAAAAAUUGCAGUUCAAAAAUGUUGUCAUCAAGAAUGGGAAAUAUUUGGAUUCUUGUAUUUUAUUGGGAAGCAAUAGCAGCUAUUCUGCUACAAGGGAUGAUCAGGUUUAUCUGGAGGAAGAGUGUGAGGCUUCUGACUUGGAACACUCAAGAGAGAACAUUGCUGAUUUACAGAAUCUAAAUACUUCUGACAGAUCCACAGAAUUUAUCAUCGAGUUUCAGGCUAUUGGUCCAGAGCUUACUUUCUAUAACACAUCAAAAAAUGUGGGGAUGUCUCCAGUUCUCUCUAACAAACUUUUACAUGCACAGUUGGACGCAUUUGCCAGGUUUGUCUUGAAGGGUGAUACAAUUGAAAUGACUGCAAAGACACUUGGUUUGAUGAUGGAGAGUAAUGGAAUCAGGAUUUUGGAGCCUUUUGACACCUCGGUCAAUUAUUCAAAUGCUUCUGGGAAGACCAAUAUACACUUAUCUGUUUCAAAUUUAUUUAUGAACUUUACAUUCAGUGUCUUGAGGCUGUUCUUAGCUGUUGAAGAGGACAUUUUGGCAUUUCUGAGGAUGACCUCAAAGCAGAUAACAGUACCCUGUUCCGAGUUUGAUAAAGUUGGAACAAUAAGAAAUACAUAUAAUGACCAAAUCUAUGCCUUUUGGAGACCUCGUGCACCACCUGGUUUUGCUGUUCUCGGCGACUGUCUGACUCCAAUAGACAAGCCGCCUACAAAAGGAGUUGUUGCUGUGAAUAUGAACUUUACAAGAGUGAAAAGACCCAUAUCUUUCAAACUGAUUUGGCCACCAUUAGCUUGUAAGGAAGCUGCUGAUCAGGUUGUAACCCAUUCCAACUUUUCAGCAAAUGGCCACAAUGAAGGGGAUGAUUGCUGUUCUAUUUGGUUUCCCCAAGCACCGAAAGGUUAUGUUGCACUGGGCUGUGUGGUCUCUGCAGGAAGAACACAGCCACCUCUAUCUUCUGCUUUUUGCAUUUUGGCUUCUCUUGUUUCACCCUGUUCCCUGAGGGAUUGUAUUUCUAUCUUCUCUAACAAUUUAUAUCCAUCAACUUUGGCCUUUUGGCGUGUGGAAAAUUCUUUUGGUACAUUCUUGCCGGCAGAUCCAGCAAACCUAUCCUCAAUAGGUGGAGCUUAUGAAUUGCGCCACAUAAAAUUUGGUCUUCCAGAAUUUUCUCCAAAAGCAUCCAAAAGUUCAGAUGUACAGAAUUUUUCUUCUGGUGAUUCUGAUGCCCUGCAAUCAAAAAAAUCAGCAUCUGUAAACUCUGGUCGACGUUUUGAAGCUGUUGCUAGUUUUCAAUUGAUAUGGUGGAAUCGGACUUCAAGCUCAAGGAAGAAACUAUCCAUAUGGCGUCCAGUUGUCCCUCAAGGGAUGGUAUAUUUCGGUGAUAUUGCUGUUAAAGGGUAUGAGCCUCCAAAUACCUGCGUUGUCCUUCAUGAUACUGGAGAUGAAGAGCUUUUCAAAGCUCCUUUGGAUUACCAACUUGUUGGACAUAUUAAGAAAAAGAGGGGGUUGGAAAGCAUUUCUUUCUGGAUGCCUCAAGCCCCUCCUGGCUUUGUUUCACUUGGCUGUGUUGCGUGUAAGGGUUCACCAAAACAACAUGACUUCAGUAAGUUGAGGUGCAUGCGUAGUGAUAUGGUUGCGGGGGAUCAGUUCCUAGAGGAAAGUGCAUGGGAUACAUCUGAGUUCAACUUAACAACAGAAGCAUUUAGCAUAUGGACAGUUGGUAAUGAGUUGGGGACCUUUAUCGUCCGAAGUGGUCUCAAACGACCUCCAAGACGGUUUGCUUUAAAGUUGGCAGAUCCUAACAUACCAAGUGGUUCAGAUGAUACUGUCAUUGAUGCAGAAAUUGGAACUUUAUCUGCAGCCAUUUUUGAUGAUUAUGGUGGCUUGAUGGUUCCAUUAUUCAAUGUAUCUUUAAGUGGCAUAGGAUUCAAUUUGCAUGGAAGAACUGAUUACUUGAAUUCCGCUGUCAACUUCUCUCUAGCUGCGAGAUCGUAUAAUGACAAGUACGAAUCAUGGGAGCCACUUAUUGAACCAGUUGAUGGAUUUGUGAGAUACCAAUAUGAUAUUAAUGCUCCAGGGGCAACUUCACAGCUACGCUUGGUCUCAGCCAGGGAUUUAAACCUAAAUGUUACUGUAUCUAAUACUAAUAUGAUCAUUCAAGCUUAUGCAAGCUGGGAUAAUCUUAGUCAUGUCCACGAAUAUUACAAAAAAAGAGAAGCAUUUCCUCCUACUUAUGUUGGAAGACCUAUAAUUGACAUCCAUCAGAGGAGAAAUUAUUAUAUAACCCCACAAAACAAGCUUGGUCAGGACAUUUUUAUUCGGGCAACUGAAAUUGGUGGUCUCUCAGAUAUAAUAAAAAUGCCAUCUGGGGAUGUGCAACCUCUGAAAGUUCCUGUUUCAAAAAAUAUGUUGGAGUCUCACUUAAAUGGAGAGCUUUGUGCAAAAGUCAGGACAAUGGUGACAGUUGUCAUAGUGGAUGCACAGCUACCGAGAGGCAGGGGGUUGGCUUCAAAUCUCUACACUGUAGCAAUCCGUCUUGCAUCGAAUCAAGGUCUGGGUGGUGAAUCUCUGUUUCAUCAACAAAGUGCUCGCACAAGUGGAAGUCUCUCAAACUCUUCUUCUGAGCUUGAAUUGGUCCACUGGAAUGAAAUCUUUUUCUUUAAAACCGAUUGCCAUGAUAAUUACUUGUUGGAACUUAUUGUGACUGACAUGGGAAAAGGUGAUCCUGUUGGAUUUUUUUCUGCACCAUUGAAUGAGAUAGCGAGAACUAUCCAAGAUGACCAUAAUCAGUAUGAUUAUCUGAAUUACUUGAGCUGGAUAGACUUGUCCUCUGCGCAACAUAUGACUGUGAAUGAAGGGGAUAAACACGACAAAUCAUCUGGAAGAAUAAGGUGUGCUGUUCUCUUGUCGCCAGGAUCUGAAGUUGAGGAGAGAAAUGAAUUUUUCAUUGGUGGCAGAAAAUCUGGAUUUAUUCAGAUCAGUCCUAGCAUGCAAGGGCCUUGGACUACUGUCAGACUAAACUAUGCUUCCCGUGCUGCAUGUUGGAGAUUAGGCAAUAAUGUUGUUGCCAGUGAAGUGAGUGUAAAGGACGGCAACAGAUAUGUCAACAUAAGGUCUCUGGUUUCGGUACAUAAUAAUACAGAUUUUGUUCUUGAUUUGCACCUUGUACCCAAAGCUUCUGAUAGUUCAAUGGAACUUGGAGGUUCACAAAAUGACAGUAAAGUUCAGACGGAUGAAUUCUUUGAAACAGAAACCUACACGCCUACUCUUGGUUGGGUUAGUUCUUCAGUUCACUCAGGAGUUGGAGGCCACCACGAGGCUAUUUUUGGAGUUGAAAUACCAUCAGGCUGGGAAUGGAUUGAUGGUUGGCAUCUGGAUACAUCGUCUGUUAAGAACCCUGAGGGUUGGGUUUAUUCUCCAGAUAUUGAGAGCCUAAAGUGGCCUGAACCAUUUGAUUCUCGAAAGUUUGUGAAUCAUGCAAGGCAAAGGAGAUGGAUCAGAAAUAGGAGAAAAAUUUCAAGUGAAGCAAAGCAUGAGAUACCUGUUGGAUCAUUGAAACCUGGAGAUACUGUACCUCUUCCCUUAUCAGGCUUGACACAACCUGGAAAGUAUGUCUUGCAGUUAAAACCUUCAAGUCUUAAGACUUCUGAUGAAUAUUCCUGGAGUUCUGUGGUGAAUAAGCCUGAUCAAACUAAGCAAAAUGGCGAGUUGAGAGGUUCUGAAAUAUGUGUAUCAACUCUUUCAGAGUCUGAAGAACUUUUGUAUUGCACCCAAGUAAGUGGUACCUCUUCAAAUGGCUCUCGCAGAUUGUGGUUUUGUAUAAGCAUACAAGCCACAGAGAUUGCAAAAGACAUUCGUUCUGAUCCUAUUCAAGAUUGGACUCUUGUGGUCAAGUCCCCAUUAUCUAUCAGCAAUUUUCUUCACCUUGCAGCUGAAUACUCUGUUCUUGAAAUGCAAGGAAGUGGUCAUUUUGUUGCAUGUUCUAGGGGAAUAUUUUCUCCCGGAAAAACAGUGAAGAUUCACACUGCCGAUAUAGGGAAACCUUUGUUCUUUUCUCUGCUUCCACAGAGAGGGUGGCUGCCAAUACAGGAAGCUGUUCUUAUAUCGCAUCCUAGUGGAGCUCCAUCAAAAUCAAUAAGCUUAAGAAGUUCAGUUUCUGGAAGGAUUAUUCAACUUAUUCUGGAACAAAAUUAUGACAAGGAACAACCAUUGCUAGCAAAGGUCGUUAGAGUUUAUGCCCCUUAUUGGUUUUCAGUUGCCAGAUGCCCUCCACUUACAUGUAGGCUUGUAGACCUGUCAGGGAAAAAACAUACACGGAAGAUAGCUUUUCCAUUUGAAUCCAAAAAGAGCAAUGAAGUAAUUUUGGAGGAAAUAACUGAAGAGGAAAUAUAUGAAGGUUAUACAAUUGCUUCGGCUUUGAACUUUAAUCUCUUAGGUCUGUCAGUGUCAAUUGCUCAAACUGGCCAGGAACAGCACUUUGGGCCUGUUACAGAUCUUUCUCGCCUUGGUGACAUGGAUGGAUCACUGGAUCUUUACGCUUACAAUGCCAGUGGUAACUGUAUGAGGUUAUUUGUUUCCACAAAACAAUGUCCUUACCAAUCUGUCCCAACCAAGGUGAUAUCUGUGCGGCCAUUUAUGACCUUCACAAACAGACUUGGUAAAGAUAUAUUUAUCAAGUUAAACAGUCAAGAUGAGCCAAAGGUUCUCCAUGCAUUUGAUUCAAGAAUUUCCUUUGUGCAUCACAAAACUGAGGGGAUAGAUAAACUCCAGGUUCGUUUAGAAGAUACAGAAUGGUCAUACCCUGUGCAAGUUUCAAAAGAGGAUACCUUAUUUCUAGUUUUGAAGAGAUCAAAUGGCACUCAAAAAAUUUUGAGGGCAGAAGUACGAGGCUUUGAAGAAGGAUCACGCUUUAUAGUUGUGUUCCGGCUUGGGUCAACUGAUGGUCCAAUCAGGAUUGAGAACAGAACAAUUAGAAAGAGGAUAAGCAUUCGCCAGUCAGGAUUUGGCGAUGAUUCAUGGAUUUUAUUGGAACCUCUAUCAACAACAAACUUUUCUUGGGAAGAUCCAUAUGGCCAGAAAUUCAUUGAUUGCAAGAUUGAUGGUAAUGGUAAAAUUGGUGUUUGCAGAUUUGAUUUGGAAAGGACUGGGAUGUCUUUUGCUGAGGACAGUGAAACAGGAUUACAGUUCCAUGUCACAGAAAUGGGAGAUAUCAAGUUUGCUCGGUUUACAGAUAACAAGGGUCCAACUUCAAAUGGAGACAGUACAUCUCUCACACCUGCUGUGUAUUGGGGAAAUUCUAACAGGCAGAGUGAGAUGCAGAAUGCCUCCUCACCUGUAGAGCUUAUAGUCGAGUUGGGAGUAGUUGGGAUUUCUGUUGUAGAUCAUAGACCAAAAGAGCUCUCUUACUUGUACUUGGAAAGAGUUUUUGUAUCAUAUUCAACUGGCUAUGAUGGUGGGAGAACGAGCAGGUUGAAGCUCAUAUUGGGUUAUCUGCAGCUUGACAAUCAACUUCCACUAACCUUGAUGCCCGUGCUGUUGGCACCUGAGCAGACCAGUGAUAUGCAUCAUCCAGUUUUUAAGAUGACUAUUACAAAACGCAAUGAGAACACUGAUGGCAUCCAAGUAUAUCCAUAUGUAUACAUACGGGUUACUGAAAAGUUAUGGAGGCUUAAUAUCCAUGAACCUAUUAUCUGGGCGUUUGUAGAUUUCUACAACAAUAUCCAGCUUGACCGUGUCCCCCAAAGUUCUAGUGUCACACAAGUUGAUCCAGAGAUCCGUGUAGAGCUAAUAGAUGUUUCAGAAGUAAGGCUGAAGGUAUCCCUAGAGACAGCACCAACUCAGAGACCACAUGGGGUUCUAGGUGUGUGGAGUCCCAUUCUGUCUGCUGUUGGAAAUGCAUUCAAAAUCCAGGUGCAUUUGAGGAGGGUAAUGCAUCAAGACAGAUUCAUGCGACAAAGUUCCAUUAUUCCUGCCAUUGGAAAUCGCAUUUGGAGAGAUCUGAUCCAUAAUCCUUUACAUCUAAUAUUUUCUGUUGAUGUACUUGGUAUGACAAGUUCUACGUUGGCUUCUCUUAGUAAAGGAUUUGCUGAACUUUCAACUGAUGGACAGUUUUUGCAACUACGAUCUAAGCAGGUGCGAUCAAGGAGAAUCACUGGGGUAGGUGAUGGAAUUAUUCAAGGAACAGAAGCUCUGGCCCAAGGUGUCGCCUUUGGGGUGUCUGGAGUCGUGAAAAAACCAGUUGAGAGUGCCAGAGAAAAUGGUAUAUUUGGAUUUGCUCAUGGCGUUGCACGUGCAUGCUUAGGAUUUAUAGUACAACCAGUCAGUGGGGCAUUGGAUUUUGUCUCACUGACAGUUGAUGGAAUAGGUGCUAGUUGUUCUAAAUGCUUAGAGGUUAUCAGUAACAAGACCACCUCCCAGAGAAUUAGAAAUCCUCGGGCUAUUCGUGUUGAUUGUAUUCUCAGGGAGUACAGUGAGAAAGAUGCAGUUGGACAGAUGAUACUUUAUCUUGCAGAAGCAAGUCGACGUUUGGGCUGUACUGAAAUAUUUAAGGAGCCCUCCAAAUUUGCUUUGUCUGAUUAUUUUGAAGAAUAUUUUUUUGUGCCUUACCAAAGAAUUGUUUUAGUGACCAACAAACGAGUCAUGCUGCUGCAGUGCCUGGCUCCAGACAAGAUGGACAAAAAACCUUCCAAGAUCAUGUGGGAUGUGCCAUGGGAAGACCUCAUGGCCCUGGAACUGGCAAAAGCAGGCUGCCGCCAACCGUCUCACUUACUUCUCCAUCUGAAGAACUUUAAUAGAGCAGAAAGUUUUGUUCGAGUCAUAAAAUGCAAUGUUGAGGAAGAAUCAGAGGGAAGUGAACCGCAAGCUGUUAGGAUAUGUUCUGUAGUACGUAGGAUGUGGAAAGCAUACCAAUUUGACAUGAAAAGCUUGAGUCUAAAUCCAAAGGUUCCUUCGAGUCAGAGACAUUUCUAUUUUUCUUGGAGUGAAGCUGACGGUGGAGAACUGCCUACCCCAAGUAAAGCAAUUGUCAAAUCAGGAGAGCUUUCUUCAUCAAGUUCUGCAUCCGAUGUAGGGAGAUUUGUAAAACACAGUAUAACCUUUUUGAAGAUUUGGAGCAGUGAACGAAAAUCUAAAGGUCGAUGCAAAUUGUGUAGGAAGCAGGUUCUUGAUGAUGUUAAGAUAUGUACCAUUUGGAGACCCAUAUGUCCGAACGGGUAUAUCUCUAUUGGAGAUAUAGCUCAUGUUGGCAGCCAUCCACCAAAUGUUGCCGCCGUUUAUUAUAACGCGGACAGAUCAUUUGCCCUUCCUGUGGGUUAUGACUUGGUAUGGAGAAAUUGUCCGGAUGACUACAAAACUCCAGUGUCAAUUUGGCAUCCAAGAGCUCCUGAGGGAUUUGUGUCUCCUGGAUGUGUUGCCGUGGCAAGUUUUGAGGAGCCAGAACCCAAUUUGGUACGAUGCGUAGCAGAACGGCUAGUGGAGCAAACAGAAUUUGAAGAGCAAAAGGUAUGGUCAGCACCAGAUGCAUAUCCAUGGGCUUGUCAUAUUUAUCAAGUGAAAAGCGAUGCUCUUCACUUUGUUGCUCUAAGGCAAAUAAAGGAAGAAUCCGAUUGGAAGCCCGUGAGGAUUGUUGAUGAUCCUCACAGUAAAGUGGAGAUCUUGGAAGCACAGGAAGAAUAAGAGUAACUUACAAGUGAAAUAUAGAUUUUCCAAAAUAGUUGGGCUUUUAAUUUCCUGGAUGUAUACAAAACAGAUUACAAUCAUGUACAGGGUUUUAUCAUGUACAGGGUUUUCUUCAAACGAUUAUUUUUGACCAAGUAAUAAUAUUUCUUUUCUUAAAAA